AGUCGAGUCAUCACCCAAAAAAGACGAUCCAGCCAAUGGCAGGCCGCCGCUGGUGACACACGUGGACGGGACACCUUUAAAACCUAGCUUGUGUGUGUGACACAGGUUCAUUUUUUAGGGAAAGUGUCACCGGUAGGCAUUAGUUGGCUGAUGUUUGUGUUUAACCCGUUUUACCUCUGGGCUAUUCACGUCUGUCUCCUUUAAGAUCUCGACUGUCCACGAUUCUGAAUCUGGAACCGCCUUUCUCUGUGUGUCUGUCUCUCUCUCUCUCUAUCGCUCUCUCACUCUCUCUCUAUCGCUCUCUCUCUCUCUAUUGCUCUCUCUUCUCAAUAAGGUCACUAUAGCCAGCUAUCUCUGAUCUGAUUAAUGUUUCAACAAUGUUAGCUGCUUCAUCGACACUCUCAGGUCGUCAAUGAAUUCCCAUUGACUUUGACCGCGCCGGUCGCUGUCCGAGGUUCUGAAUUCUCUCCUUCACUGUCAGCUCGGGAUUCUGUUUGUCAAAAUUAACAAUCAUAUUUAUUACUUUAAUAUCAUCUGAAAAUAAACGGCAUCACUUUUUUUUCUUCAAGGUUCUGCUUGGGGAUUUUUUUUUUGUAUUUCUGGAAAAUCAAUGAAAGUGUGUAGCUGGAAAAUGUUUCAAAACUUUAUCGAUUUUUAAAUGAUACACGGACAACGUAGCUGAAAAGCAGCAUUGAUUUGUUUUGUAAGGUUACGUCUACAAGGGACGUCUGGACUUUUUUGUGUUUGUUUUAUUAUUAUUGUUUUUCAAUUCCAAAGUUUAAAAAAAAAAAAGUUUUUUUUGUUUAUUUUUCCUUGGAGAAGAAAAUAUUCGAGUGCUUUCAGAUCUGGAGUGGCUUGACUUAUCUGUUUAUCUGGUUUAUAUCACGCGUAGAGCCUGCCUUGAAACUGUCUGCCAGCAGAGACUCCAAAUGCUAGUCUAAAGAAAGUCCAGCAGUUUUUGGAAAUGGAGGCCUCCGCCAACGGUUCCAGUUUUGGGAUCGACUCUUUACUGUCCCACAGACCAGGAAGUCCAGUUUUAUCCAAAGGGGACAGUUUGAUGGGAGAAUGCAGAUCCCCGCUGGAGCUCAGCCCGGGCUCCGACCUGGGUAGCGGCUGCUCGUCUCCUCCUUCCCCGAGGCGGGAGUGCGUAGAAGCGGCCGUGCAAAGACAAGCUCACCCACUCGGGCUGGACUCCCAUCUCCAACGCGGGGGGCAGGUCUCGGGCGGCUCACAGCCCAGGACCGUCACAUCUUCGUUUCUCAUCAGAGAUAUUUUAGCGGACUGCAAGCCGCUGGCAGCCUGUGCCCCGUAUUCCAGUCACUGCCAACCGACGCAAGAUCCAGGGAGCCUGGCGUCUAGAAUCUCAGACGACUUUAUUGACAAAGCGGACAAAAUUCACAGCAACUCCUCCUCCGAUACAGAGUAUAGAGUGAAAGAGGAAGGCGACCAGGAGAGAUGCAGCAGUCGGGACAGCCCCUCGGUCCGGCUCAAGAAGCCUCGCAAAGCCCGGACCGCGUUCACAGACCACCAGCUGGCGCAGCUGGAGCGCAGCUUCGAGAGGCAGAAGUACCUGAGCGUGCAGGACCGCAUGGAGCUGGCGGCGUCUCUGAACCUCACCGACACGCAGGUCAAAACGUGGUACCAGAACCGCAGGACAAAAUGGAAGAGACAGACAGCAGUGGGACUCGAACUUUUAGCAGAAGCUGGGUACUCGGCCUUGCAAAGGAUGUUUCCCUCGCCCUAUUUCUAUCCGCAGAGCCUCGUGUCAAACCUGGACCCCGGGGCAGCCCUGUACCUGUACCGGGGCCCGUCCGCUCCUCCCCCGGCUCUGCAGCGGCCCCUCGUCCCAAGAAUCCUACUUCACGGCCUGCAAGGAGGAAGCGACCCUCCCCAGUCUCUCCCCUCGCUUGCUGGAGUCCUCUCCCGGGCCGCGCAGCCACGGUGAACCGCCCUGAAAGACACGUUCAACACACGGCAGCUCAGAACUUUAUUUAUGGGGGGAAAAAAGAGAAGCAUUUAAACCGUUUUUUUUUGUUUUUGUUUUUUUAACAAAAAGAACAGAAACGGUGGUGGCAUUACAAAACCUUUAAACCACACAGAACUUUAAAAAAAUAAUAUUUUGAACUGAUACCCCCGCACAUUGUUUUUGAGGGGAAAAACAAAUAAAUGUGACGUAUUUUA